AUGCCUUAUCCUCUGAGUGCGCGACUGGUCACGAUUCGGACGACGAUCCGACCGGAGUUGCCGGAUCGGAUCAAAGAAGGGCUAGAACGAGUUUUCCAAGAGUCGUCACCGAACCAAUUCAAACUUUGCUCUUUCGAGAAUCUCAUAGCGUCCUUAGAGCGACGAUUUCCAUCGAUAUUCUCCGUUCCAUACUUCAAGGAGGUGCUGAGCGUGAGACUGCAGAGAGUCGCCACUUGUAACGAGGGAUUACUGUGUCUCGACGAUUUCAUCACAGUCAUGACAGAGUCACUGACUAACGAUACAACCAAUUGGGGAGGCAUGAAGACCCCCAUCGCCGGUCUCAUUGGGCUCUCGAACCUACCGGAUCAAAUCACCACGAAGCUCUUGAAGAGAGGAUUCGACCUCAAUGUGAUGCUCGUCGGAAGGAGCGGACUUGGCAAAAGCACUCUCGUUGAUACACUCUUCAAAGCAAAGGUUUCGAGACGCUCUUCGCAGAAAUCGCAAGACUCGGAAGCUUUGCCAAAAACCACUGAAAUUCAUGCGGUCACCCACGUUCUGGAGGAGCAGAACGUGAAGGUGCGACUGACCGUCACCGAUACCCCAGGCUAUGGUGACCAGCUCAACAAUCAGAAUUGUUGGGUUCCCAUAAUGCAACACAUUUCGGAGCAGUACGAGCGAUACUUGAUCGAGGAACGCGCCGUUGUCCGCAAGAGGUUUUUACCAGAUUCACGUAUCCACGUGAUAAUCUAUUUCAUUGAGCCGACAGGACAUCGUCUGUCAAACCUCGACGUGGAGUGUCUCCGACGUCUCACCAGAGUCGCCAACGUGAUUCCCGUGAUUGCUAAGAGCGACACCCUCACGGUUGAAGAGCGCGCUCUUUUCAAGCACAAUAUUUGUGAAGACCUUCUCCGUAACCAAAUUCAGGUCUACGGAGGCGAUGAAGAAGAAGGAGGUGUGAGCUGCAAGGAUAUUGUGCCAUUCUGCGUCGUCGGCUCGACCAGUCAACACGAAGUCGGUGGAAAACUGCUUUUCGGGAGAGCCACUCGCUGGGGAGUCGUCGAGUGCGAGAACAAAGCUCACUGUGAAUUCACACAGCUCAGAGAUCUCUUGAUCAAGACCAACAUGGGCGAUCUUGUGGAGAAAACGCACUGUGUUCACUAUGAAAAUUUCCGCCAUCAGAGACUGAAGAGCGGAGAACCGGUUCUCAAGAUGCACCACAACGGGAAUUCAUUGGACCACUGCAACGAAUCGACUCUCUAAUAAACCACUACGUACGUUCAGUGAGACAUCUGUAUUGAUGAAGCUUGCUCAAGCAGAGGAACUCCGGGUAGUUCCACGAUCCCGUCGGUGCAUAUUCCCCUUGUGUAUUCUCAAUUUACGCUCAAAUCAAUGGGACCUUCUGAUGGACUUGUUUCUGUGCUCGGAGCCGCCUAGAGAGACAUCAAAAUCCUUAAGAAGAAAAACGGCUCAUGGGUUGCCGAUGAGCUCCACGAGGUGGUAUCCUAGUUACCGAACUUCCAUUGGAAUGAUUUAUCGAGAAAUAUUUCGAUGUGCCAUUCACUGAAGCAACAACUCGAUCCGAUUAGACAAUACUACAUUUAAUGUCGUCUGAGGGGAUAGCAUCCACGUCGCUUCUCGCUCGAAUAUGACUAUUACGAAUCUAACUGAAGAGCUUUGGAUGUGUAUCCAAGAGCCCCGUAAGAGAUGAUUUCCUUGACGAUGAAAAGUAUCAAGAGACGCAUCCGGACUGAACGCUCACUUGGAGCUACUUUGUAUCUAUCAAUCUACCUUGUCUUAGUAUCUUAUUCCUCAGAUCAUGAUGAUAAUCGAAGUGCUGCCAGAGCGGAAAGGAUCGAUCACCGUGCUCCGAAACGGGUGCCUAAUAAUACGAAACUCAGUCGAGCUUCGAGCCCAAUUUCAAUU